AUGAACCUGCUUUGCCCGUCCAUGGAUCAGCUGUACCGGUUGGCGCUCAGCUUAUUCCGCUGGUGUGGCUUCGUUCCGUUCGGGCUCGACGGGAGCAGUUUGAGGGUGCAGAAUCAAACCCAUCACGGCGGGAAUCCGUUUACCUUCAAGUGGAUUAUCCUCGUGGUUUGCAUUUGCUUAGUCGACGUCGUAAUGGCUGCCAUUUUUCACGAUAGUGUGUUUUUCCUUGAGUACGCCGUUGGUUGGAUCAACGAUAUGUUCAAAUUUGGCAGCCUCGCGCUGACGGUGUUUAUCAUCGAAGCGGAAGUCGUUGCACAACGCAAGACCCAGCUGCAGAUCUUUGAAGGUCUGGAACAACUUGGUGAACACAGGGCACGUGUUGGACUUUUGAAUGGAGCGAAAUAUAAACAGUUUAUUCGACGAUUUUUGUGGAAGUUUUUUGGAUAUCUUGUGUUCACUUUUGCAAUCGAAAUGAAACUUAUUACCGGAAUCAUGUCAUACAACUUGCAAUGGACUUAUACCUGGUUAACAGCAAUUUCUCUACAAACCAUCAACCGAAUGCGCACCCUGUUCUAUAUAUUUUACAUCGAUUUAAUCCGAGCCCAGUGUGAAGUGAUUAGGGAAGAGCUUUUAAGGCUUGGUGAUAUGAUGCAGUUGACAAAAACACUCCCUCAAAUUUCUUCGCAAAGUCAAACAAUAACGAGACAAGUUUCAAAGACGUUGAUCUUCUUGAAAGGCUGCUACACUGAUUUGUGGUUUAUUAGCUUUAACGUGAAUUCAUCACUAGGAUGGAGCACAUGUUUCAUUUUGACCUGUAAUUUUGUUCAAGUGUCUUGUGAUUUUUACUGGGUCUACCUUACUGUGCAUGAUAAAGCCUCCGAUGGUUAUACUGAACUUCUGAUGUGUAUUAUUCCCGCAACAACUUUGUUCAUAACUUUACUUUACUCCGCAGAAUCCUGUUUGAAAGUGUCUAAUUCAUUUGGACCAAUAUUACAUGAAAUGCCCAAAAACGAUCAGGAGAUUUUGUACAAAAUUGUUUACAGAUUUACCAAUCAUGUUUUUCAUCAACCAAUCAGAUUCAAGGCUCACAGUUUGUUCGACGUCAAUUACAAGCUUUUAAAAAUGUUCCUCACCGGCGUGGUCACCUACAUGUUCAUCUUCAUGCCGUUCUCCACGGAUUUGCCCGAUUCUCCCAAGUAGUCACCCACAAACAUCGCGCGCACAAAAAGUGCAUA